UUUUUUUUUUAUUAUUUUACAUUUAUACGAUGAAAUUUCCUGGAGAGCUAUUUACUUAUGACGAGGAAGAUCGUUUAACGGCUUUUGAGUGCGGCUCAAUUGACAGAGAUAAAGUAGUUGUAUUUAUUGGAGGAUUAGGUGAUGGAUACAAUGCUGUACCUUUCCUUGAGCCUCUGUUUGAAACAGUUCUCGAUAAAAAAGGUUGGUCCCUUAUUCAGGUUCAACUAAGUUCAAGUUAUCAAGGAUAUGGCAUAAAUAAUUUACAAACGGACGUUGAAGAGCUUGAUAAGCUUGUUUAUCAUUUGAAAACAUAUCGUGGAAAGAAAACCAUUGUACUUCUUGGGCAUUCAACAGGCAGCCAAGAUUGCUAUUGGCAUAACAAGUAUGGGAAAACAAAUCAAGAUAUAGCCAGUUAUAUUUUACAAGCUCCCGUAUCUGAUCGAGAAUAUUUUCAAGCCAAUCUAGAAAACUUUCAAUUUUAUGUCGAUAUGGCUAUCAACUAUAGAAGAGAAGGUAAAGGAGAAGAAUUACUGCCUAGAGAUAGUCUUUUUGGAACACCUAUCACUGCUAAUCGUUUUUACUCACUCACUGUUAAAGGAGGUGAUGAUGACGUGUUUUCGACUGAUUUAUCUGAUGAAGAAAUCAAGAAACUCUAUGAAAACGUGAAUAGACCUAUAUGCUGGAUUUAUUCCGAAAACGAUGAAUUUUAUGUUAACAAAGUUGAAAAGCAAUCAGAUGUUAUGCAGAGAUUUCAAAAUAUAUGCUCUGCUAUUAAAGAGACUCACAUUAUUCCCAAUGGUGAUCAUUCAAUUACUAGAAAAGAUUCACAAAUUGCUUUUUGUAAAGUAAUUGAUGAUUUUUUAAAUAAAUAUUGAAAAUGGAGUUUGAAUUGCAUACACAUAGUAGACCUUAUUUUAU